AGCUGCACCGCUAACACACACCCAUUACACAGAAAGUAUGAAGACACUUACAUGGCACACAGGAAGCUCGGCUGAAAUGCUCUGAAAUGAAGAAAAAACUCUCACUAAAUCUUCUCUAAAAGUAACAGAAAAAUCUCAGUCAAAGACAGUGUUCAGAAGGUGGAAAUUGUUGCAGCGCACCGAAGCUGGAUAUGCUACUCUGCAUUGCACACUGUAACUGUGAUCAACUCUACAUGCAACAAUAUUCUCUCUGAUGAGUCGUAUAAUGCAGGGAGUGUCCCUCCAUCCGCCCAUGUCUUGCUUUCUGUGGAAUCUCAUCUUCAGUCCACUGCCCGAGCAUCCUGAGCAAACUGCUGGAGAUGGAAUUGUGAACAGAAGACAUUUUUAAGAGGUUUUUAUUGGACGAUUUUUUCUGUAGGAAUUAUUUCUGGCUGUCUGAGCAAGGGGUCAGGAUGGACAGGGGACAGCGCCCGGGGACGUCCGACUUCUCCCUGGAGACGGACGACAGGACGGAGGAUGAGAGACCACAGGCUGAAUCUGUGAAGAAGGACCUGCUGGUCUCUGCCUUGGGCAUGAGCGGCUCUGACAGCCCCAAAACUCCCAUGGACACUGAUUACUCGGAGGAAAUGGAGCCAACCACGCCCAAGAUCAAAUUCAAUCUCAACUUUGACAAAAAAAUCCGAAAUGUUGAGGAGCCAAAAGAGGUGAGAGACAGCAAGAGGUUUGACAUCAAGCGGCUGUUUGAGGCGGCGACCAGCGGGGACGUCAUGCAGCUGGACGGCCUGCACCAGUACCUGCACCAGAGCAUGAAGAAGCUCACCAACUCAGAGUAUCAGACCCAUGGUAAGAACGUGCUGAUGAAGGCUCUGCUGAACCUCAGAGACGGAAAAAACAACACGGUGGAGUUCCUCCUGGAGAUUUCAGAGCGGAUGGGAGACAUCAAAGAGUUUGUGAACGCAGCCUACACUAACAGCUACUACAAAGGGCAGACAUCUCUCCACGUUGCCAUUGAGAGGAGGAGUAUUUACUACGUCAGGAUGCUGGUCAGUAAAGGAGCAGACGUCCAUGCAAAAGCCUGCGGGACCUUCUUCCAGCCGCAUGAUGGCGCCAAUUUCUAUUUUGGGGAGCUGCCUCUGUCCCUGGCGGCGUGCACCAACCAGCCCGAGGUGGUGGACUUCCUGAUGGAGAACGAGUACGAGAGCGCGGACGCACAGCAGACGGACUCCCAGGGCAACACGGUGCUGCACGCCCUGGUGGUGGUGGCAGACAACACCAAGGAGAACACCGAAUUUCUCACCAGCAUGUACGACCACAUCCUCACCACCACGGCCCGACUGCAUCCCAAACAGAGGCUGGAGGAAAUCGAGAACAACAAGGGACUAACGCCUCUUAAACUGGCUGCCAAGACCGGCAAGAUCGGGAUCUUUGAGCACAUCCUGCAUCGGGAGUUCCAAGAGACUCACACGAAGCAUUUGUCCCGUAAGUUCACUGAGUGGGUUUACGGGCCGGUCCACUCUUCACUGUAUGACCUGGCCUCUCUGGACUCAUUUGAGGACAACUCAGUCUUGGAGAUACUGGUCUAUGGCUGUGACAUCCCUAACCGACAUGAGAUGCUGCAGAUUGAGCCUCUGGGCAGACUGCUGGAGGAGAAGUGGACCAGAUUCGCAGGUCGAAUCUUUUUCUUGAACUUUUUGGUCUACCUCGUCUACCUGGUUGUCUUUACUUUAGUCGCCUACCAUAAGGGCAGAGAGCCACCAUUUCGCAUCGAGCACACCGUGAAGGGUUACCUGUACGUCUCAGGUCAGCUGCUGGUAGUGCUGGCGUCCUGCUAUUUCUUUGUCAGAGGGAUAAAGGACUUGAAGAAGAGGCGCCCGAAGCUGCAGAUGUUGCUGAUUGAUGGCUAUUGUGAGAUUCUUUUUUUUCUGCAGGCUGUGCUGUUCCUGGUUUCGGUUGUGCUGUACUUCUGCAAACGGCAGGAGUACCUGGCCUUUGUGGUGGUGUGUCUGGCUCUCAGCUGGGUGAACUUGCUCUACUUCUCCAGGGGCUACAGACACAUGGGCAUCUACAGUGUCAUGAUACAAAAGAUGAUCCUUGGUGAUAUCAUGCGCUUUCUUUUUGUCUACUUUGUCUUCCUCUUUGGAUUUUCGGCAGCGGUGGUCACCCUGCUCAUCGAGCCUCCUGAGAAGAACAUCACCACACCCCCAGGCCAGUCACGCCUCUUUGCUUCCACCGGUGAGGACUGUCAAAAACCCAGCUUCAGGAACAUCUCCUACACCACGCUGGAGCUCUUCAAAUUCACCAUCGGCAUAGGCGACCUGGAGUUCACCGAGGAGUACCAGUACAAGGAGGUUUUCUACGUGCUCCUCAUCGGCUACAUCGUCCUCACCUACAUCCUGCUGUUCAACAUGCUCAUCGCCCUCAUGAGCCGCACCGUGGAGAAGAUCACCAGCGAGAGCACCAGCAUCUGGAGGCUUCAGAGGGCCAUCACUAUCCUGGACCUAGAGAGGAGGCUGCCUCACUGCCUGAAGAGGAGGCUACGCUGCGGGGUGGAGAAGGACCUGAGCAAAACUGCUGGACAGGACCGCCGCUGGUGCUUCAGAGUGGAGGAAGUCAACUGGAACAAAUGGAACAUCAACCUGGGAAUAAUCAAUGAAGAUCCUGGGAGCAGCGAUCACCUCCGACUGCACACCUCACAUAGCUCCCCACGCAGAGAGAGGAGCUGGAGAGGUUUCUUCAGGGAUGUCAGUCGGCGGCACUUGGAGCCCCGAUACCGCCAGCACACUCAACAGUCCACAGAGAUGAGACCUCUGGCCACCUCACCGGUCUGAGAAGACAGCAGAGAGCUUCACCCUGGGCCUCUGAACUUGGCUCACCCGGGCUAUCAGGCAUUCAAACCUACAGGCAGUAUUCAGUUUCACUUCCCAAACAAAAACAACUGCCAAACACAUGAAGUGCCAUUGUGACUGACUUUUAUACUUACUUGUCAGCUUGACUGUCAAUUAUCUGAGGUAAUAUUUCAUCCAUGGCUGCAGUAUCACAUCAUCAGUGAUGAAGAAACUGCUGUAGAAAUUAGAUCAUAUAACUGACAAUCUUGCAGAAAGUCUUCCCUAAGUGGUACAAUGCUAUGCAGGGCUGCUUAAAUGCCAAGAUAAUCAUGUUAAAUGGACCUAAAACAGAUCAAACACUUGAUCCUGAGGCUUCUGCAAAUGCAUUUACUGCACCUACCUGAAUGGGAUGUGUAGCCUAUUAUCCGAACAAAGGCCACAACCUGCUAGUACUGCUGGCCUUGAUCGAGCAGUGCUGAUCACGAAGGUGCUGUGCCUCCCCUCCCACUGUGCGCCCUUUAUACAAGUCCCAUUUUCAUCACCGCCAGACAGGCUAAAUCUACUGCAGCCAGAUAGUCCUGCGGAUUUCACAGCUUGCUUUGUCUACUCUACUUCCUGUUUCUAUUUGGCAGUGGCAGCCUUGGAUAAAUAGCAUGAAAGCAGAGAAAUUGGUGCAAUCACCACCUUCAGCACCAGCUGUCAUGGCUACAUGGUAAAUCCACUAUAGAGAGGCCUUUUGAGCUUUUCAUUCACACUUCCUUUAUGUCUCUUUAGUUUUGAAAAUUCACAUGCAAGGCUGAUUGUGUGAGGAACUCUGUGUGGAUAGUAAUCUACUGAAACUGUCACACAGGUUGGUAAUAGUGAAGUUAUUUCCUCAAGGCUGAAAUCAUGCAGAAUGUGGGGAGCAGAUGAAAGUUUCCAUUGAGACACCUGUUAUCAGUGAGAGUCCGGCGAGAACAUGCAAAUUUAUGCUGCAGAUUAUCCUAAUUGGUUG